AUGAUGACAUAUAUUGAACGACAUGGAUGGUGUUCGUCCUUGAUUUCAUCGACAAUAUGUCCCUCAAAUAUUGACAAAUCAACAAAACCUUGUCCUAUACGCUCAUUGUCUUUUGCUUCAACAUCAUUGAUCUCUAAUAGUGAUAGUAUUUCUCUUAAUACAGAUUCCAUCCUAUCACCAUCUUCAUUAACAUAUAACAAAAGAAAUAAUAAUAAGGCAUCAACAUCUAAUGUACGUUCAUCAUCAGGACGAGCAGAUGAUUAUUAUACAACAAAACGUAUUGAAGAAUUACAUGAACGAAUGGAUGAUAUUCAAAUAACAAGUUUUUUACAAUUUAUUAAUCAUCAUUUAUCAUUAAAAAAGGAAAAUCAUAAAACAAUUAAUAUCAAUGAUAUAGCAAAAGAUUUAUCAAAUGGACAUGUAUUAAUUGAUUUAAUAGAAAUAUUAUCAUCAACAAAAUUAAAACGUGAACGUGGUCAUACACGUUUUCAUUCCUUAACAAAUAUUCAAUAUGUUUUAGAUUAUUUAAAAUUACGUAUGCAACAUAUAAAUAUAUCACCACAUGAAAUUGUUUCGGGUAAUCGUAAACAAAUUCUUGCAUUAUUAUGGAUAAUAAUGAAAACAUUUGAUUUUCCUGGUUUUCGUAUAACAAAUAAAAAUUGUUUUGUUGAAAACACACUCUUAGGUUUUGGACAAGAUCGAAGUAUAAUUAUAAAAUGGUUAAAUAAUAUUAUCAAUCAAAGUUUAAAUACAAUACAAAUUUAUAUAAAAGAUUUUUAUCUACAAACAUGGAUCAAUGGUUAUUAUUUAUCAAUCAUUAUUAAAUAUUUAAUACCAUUAAGUAUAAAAUAUUUAACAAGACAAUGUUUUGAUGAUUUAAAAGAAUUAAAUAAUUUAAAUUCAGAUGGUAAACAAUGUUUUAAAUUAUGUUUAUCUUUAUCAAAUUAUUGUUUUAAUACAAUAACAAUUAUUGAUGAAACAGAUAAAAGUGAAAGAUGUUUAUUUAAAUAUUUUACUGAAUUACAAAAAAAUAUUAUAAGUAUUUUAAAAUCUAAUCAUAUUGGAAAAUUAGUUCAAAAUAAUCCAUAUACUAAACAAAUACUUGAUACGGUUAUUCAAACAACAACAACUACAGAACAUUCUUCGCAUAUAAUUAAUAAUAAUGAACAAUAUUUGAUUUGUAUUAAAGAUGAUAAUCAGCAUGUAUCAUCAAUAAAUUCUUCAAUAUCAUUAUCAAAUGAUAAUAAUAAAUUAUCCAAUUCAAAAAUAGUAGAAAAAUCUCAACCAAUCAAUAAUAACAAAUCGGAACGAGUAAAUCGUUGGGAGAAACCAGAAAAUCUACAAAGUAAUUUUCAUGCAAUUAAUAAUGAUAGUAAAAUAUCAAACAAAGAACAGGUUGAAAUGGUAAUUAAUGGACAACAAGAAGUUAAUGAUACAAUUGAACAAUCGGAAGAACUUGUAUUAUUACCAAUAGAAAUUGAGCAAGAUAUAAAAUUAGAUUCAAGCAUAAGUGAAACUCAAGAUCUCAAUCAAUUUACACCAACAAUUGUCGAAUAUCAACCAGAGGAAAAGAUUGAACAGCCUAUUAUUAAUGCACAAGAACAGCAAAUUCUAUCAAUCAAUGACAAUACAGAAGAAAUUAGUUCGACAUUAGAAGAUUUAUCUGAAUCUACGAUAUCAUAUGAAAAAUUAGAUGAUUUACAAGAACUUAUGAUAUCUAAUGAAGAAAACAAACAAUCCUCAGAUGAUUAUGAAACAUUACCAAAAGAAAUUGAACAAUCAUUUCAAAACGAAACUUGUUUGAUUACUACUCAACAAUCGAUAGACACUAUAGAAGAACAAAAACAAUCUUUAAUAUCCAACGAAAACAUUGAACAGUCUGAUGUAAAAGAUGAAGUGCCAGAACAAAACACAACAACAACAUUACCUGAAAAUAUCAAUGAAGAGUUAGAACAAUGUAUCACAUCAAUUAAACCAUCUCUUUCUAUGAAUGAAGAAUCAUUACAACCUAUUGAAUCAAAACCGGAAACAAUAAUGACAUCUGUUAAAAUAAAUGAAAAUUUAGAACAACCUAAAACUGAAGAAUCAUCAGAAAUGAUUUCAUUACCCGAACAUAAUACAUCUAUUUUAACAAAUAACAAUAAAAAAUCAUCACAAUCUACGGUGUCGAAUAAAAAAAAGAAGAGAAAUAAAGUCAAAACUAUUGACAACGAAAAAUUAUUUCAACAACCGAUUGUUGAAUCUGAACGAAUUGAAGAAAAUGAAUCUUCAAGUAUUAUAAAUAAUAAAUUAGAACCAUUUAUAGUUGUAGAAGCGAACAAAGAAAUUCAACCGAUCGUCGAAAACAAUUUCAUUGCAACUAAUGGAAAAUUACCACAAUCAAUUACUGAAGACUUACCACAAUCCGUAAUCUCAAACGGAACAACAAAAACAUCUGUUGAAAAUAAUUCUCCGAUCGUUACAAAUAAAAACUUAGAAAAAUCUACAAUUAUAACAUCAUCACAACCUAUUACCUCGAAUGAUGAAGUUAAUAAAUCUACACCAAUAAAUAAAAAGACAGCUGCUACUACUACAACUACUAAAAAAGUAGUACAAACUGCAUCAUCUAAUAAAGAAAAUCAACAUUUUAUUACUUCAAAUAAACAAUUAGUACAACCUACAACUGUAGUUAAAGAACCAGAACAACGUAAAUCGAUAACUGAACAAACCACUUCAACAACAUCAAAAGGUAAUACAUGUUCGGAUAUUAUUAAUAUACAAUCAGUAAAAGUAAAUCAUGAAUCAUCACAAACUGCAAAUUCACUUAAGAAACCAGAACAUUCUACAGUAUCAAUUGAAAAACCUAAACAAACUGUUAUAAUACCUGAGGUAACUGAACAAAUUUCUUGCACAAAUACACAUAAAAAAUCAGAACAAACUGAAGUAUCACUUGAGAAACAAGAUCAACCAAUUACUCUAAUCGAAGAACCACGUGCAUCAACAAUAUCGAAUAAUGAAACGAAAAAAUCUUCAUUUAAAAAUAAAAAAUCACGACGAUCAAAUACUAAAAAAGGAAAAUCAGCACAAGUAGUGCCAAUUAAUAAUACUGAACCUAUUCUACAAGAUGAAGAAGAAACUAUUGAAUCAGUAUUACCCUCUGUUAAUCUAACAACUAUUGUUCAAGAACAAAUUCCUACUAAUAUUGUAACAGGAGUUGAUACUUCACCAAUAAUAAUACCUGAAAUAUCAUUGAAUGGUAAAUUAUCAAAUAAUAGUGAAAACCUUCAAAAUUCAAGUGCCUUACGAUCUCGUAAAACGAAAAAGAAAAAAACAAUAGCUACAACAACAACUACUGUCAUUGAAAAACCUUCAUUUCCUCCGAUGUCAACAUCAACAACAAUAACUAAUCGCAAUUUCUUUGUUACUAUUCAAGAAUUUCUACAUGAUAGAAGAAUUAUUGCAUCCAAAUACGUUUUCAUUCUUAUUUUUCGAAUGUUAAUUAAAGUUUUAUUAUUUAAUCAUUCAUUUCAACGUAUAACAGCCUAUCGUUGGUUAUCUAAAACUCAUAAACCUUCUCUAUUUGAACCGAAAUGGGCAUCAGUAUUUGCCCAGGCAACAACUAAUUCAUAUCUACCCUCUUUACCUGUUAAGAAUGAAAAACCAUUUGUUAUGCUUUUUCCACCACCAAAUGUAACUGGAACUCUUCAUCUAGGUCAUGCAUUAACUACAUGUAUACACGAUAGUCUUUUAAGAUGGCAUACGAUGCAACGAAAAUCAUAUGCUCGUUGUAUACCUGGUUAUGAUCAUGCUGGAAUUGCUACACAGGUUAUAGUUGAAAAACAUAUAGCUCCUCAAACACGAGAACAAAUGGGAAGAGAAAAUUUUCUUGAAGAAUGCUAUCAAUGGUCUUCAACAUAUCGUCAAACAAUUGAAACACAAUUAAAACGUCUAUGUCCAUUAUUUGAUUGGUCAAAUACUUAUUUUACUAUGGAUAAAAAUCUUAUUGAAUAUGUUCGAGAUUCAUUUUUAAGUUUAUAUAAUGAUGGUCUUAUUUAUCGUGAUCGACGUAUUGUUAAUUGGUGUUGUCAAUUACGAUCAGUUGUUAGUGAUAUUGAAGUAGAUUCAAAAGAAAUCAAUGGUCGACAAAAAAUUUCAAUACCUGGAUAUUCAAAAGAAAUUGAAUUAGGUGUACUUUAUAAUAUUGCCUAUAAAGUUAUUGAUGAACAACAACAGCAAGAUAAAGAAAUUAUUGUUAGUACAACACGACCCGAAACAAUUUUAGCCGAUACAGGUAUUGCUGUUCAUCCAUUAGAUUCUCGUUAUAUGUCAUUAAAAAAUAAAUUUGUUCAAAAUCCAUUUAAUCCUCAAGAUCGUUUACCGAUUAUAUUUGAUGAAAGUGUUGAUCAAAAUUUUGGUACUGGUGCAGUUAAAUUAACACCAGGUCAUGAUGCAUUUGAUUAUACAUUAGCAAUGAAACAUAAUCUUCCAGUUCGAACGAUGUUAAAUGAUCAAGGUCGUGUACAACUUCAUUUAGAUCAUCCAUUUUAUCAACAAUUAAAUGAUUUACAUCGUUAUGAUGCACGUGAUAAAGUACUUCAAUUACUUGAAAAUCAAGGAUUAAGAAGAGGAGAACAGGAACAACAAAAAAUGAUAAUACCUAUAUGUAGUCGAACAGGUGAUAUUAUUGAACCUAUGGUUAAAGAACAAUGGUUUCUUGAUACAACUGAAAUGUCUCGUCAAGCUUCAUCAAUUGUUGAUAAUGAUACACUUAAACUAACACCAUCAUCUACUCGUAAAGUAUGGAAAUAUUGGUUGAAUAAUAAUCGACCAUGGUGUUUAUCAAGACAACUUUGGUGGGGACAUUCAAUACCUAUGUAUCGAUGUUCAAUCAAAAAUAAACCCAAUGAAUAUCAAUGGAUUGGUGCUAAAUCACUUGAAGAAGCAACUAUCAAAGCUGCUCAAUUAUAUCCAGAUAUUUUACCUGAAGCAAUUCAUAUUGAACAAGAUCAAGAUGUACUUGAUACAUGGUUUUCAUCAGGUUUAUUACCUAUAUCUAUAUUUUAUAAUACGAAUAAACAAGAAUUUCCAACAACAUUACUCGAUACUGGUUAUGAUAUAAUGUUUUUUUGGGUUGCUCGUAUGGUUAUGCUUAGUCUUAAAUUAACUAAUCAGGUACCAUUUCAUGAAGUUCUUUUUCAUGGUUUAAUUUGUGAUCCAAAUGGUAAGAAAAUGUCAAAAUCAUUAGGUAAUAUAAUUGAUCCGAUGGAUGUUGUUAAUGGAAUAAGUCUUCAAUCAUUGCAAACACGUCUUGAACAAUCACAUUUAUCACGUAAUGAAAUCGAACGAUCGAAACGUAUACAAGCUAAUCAAUAUCCAUCAGGUAUUGAACCAAUUGGUUCCGAUGGCCUUCGUCUAUGUCUUUUAUCUCAUGAUAUAUAUCAACAAUCAAUACGUUUUGAUCCAACACAAUUUGAUUAUGUUGGACGUUAUUGUAAUAAAUUUUGGAAUGCUUAUAAAUAUGUCACAGAAUUCGCUUUAAUCGAUAUGAAUUUUCGUGAUGAAAAAUUUUCAAAUAUAACUUAUGAACAAAUAGAAAAAUUAAGUGAAAAUCGUCUUGUAGAUCGUUGGAUGUUAAAUGAAUUAAAUAAAACAAUAGGAAAAGUGAAUGAUUGUUUAAAUAAUUAUACAUUUCAUUUAGCUAUUGUUCGUUUACGUGAUUCAUUUCUAAAAGAUUUUUGUGAUUUUUAUAUUGAAUUUAGUAAAAUUCCUAUUAAACAACAAUCAAAUGAAAAUAUUAAAUCAAAUGUUCAGAUAUUACUCUAUUAUUUACUUAAACAAUAUCUUAUUCUUUAUCAUCCAUUUUUACCAGCUAUGACUGAAGAAUUAUGGCAAGAUUUAACACAAGGAAAACAAGGUUAUCUUAUUCAUCAAUUAUAUCCAACAAUGAAACAUAAUGAAAAUAUUAAUCCUAUGGAUUCUCAAGUAAUACAAAUAAUUCGUUUAAUCUUAAAAAAUUCGACAUAUUUUAAACAAAUGCUUCGUUUAUCACGUGAUUCCGAUAUAAUUAUUUAUUUUAAUGACCAAAAUCAUGAGAAUUUAUCAACACAUAUUGAAACGUAUCUUACAGAAAUUCGUACAAUAACUCGGUUGAAUAAUAUUCAUAUUGUAUGUUCAUCGCCAUCGAAUAAUUCUCUCAAUAAAUCAAAAUUUUCAUUUCAUGAUUAUGUUACGGAUAAUGUUGAACUUGUAUUUAAUUUAAAUGAUGAUAAACAAACAAAAGAAUUGGUUGAAAAACAUGAAGAACGAUUAAGUAAACAAGUUGAUAAAUUACAGGAUGAUCUUGGUGUUAAUGAAACUGCGACAAAAUUUCAUCAAGAAAAUAAUGAUGAAGAAAAUAUUGAACGUGAAAAAAAUCGACGUGAAAUUCUAAUGGAAGAUAUGAAAUUAACACAACGAAGACAUGAAAGAUUUGUUGAAUUAGCUCAAAAAAGAACUGUUAUUGAAAAAAAGAAUAAAAAAGAAAAAAGAUCUUAG